UAAAAAUGUGUAAAGCUCCAACAGUGACCGUGCGUAUGUGUCUAUAAAAGCACACAGGGACAUGGAGAGUGAAAGAAAACUGAAAUGGCAGAGAACAAAGCAAUCAUAACCCAUCAGCUUCAGUCUCUGAAGCGCGAGUCUGGCAAGUCCUAUAGUCAGCUAGCGAAGGAGAUAGGCCUCACCAACGUGUAUGUUGCUCAGCUUCUGAGGCGCCAAGCUCAGCUCAAGCCUGAAACUGCCCCUAAGUUGCAGGCUGCCCUUCCCGGCCUGCCCCAAGAGCUCAUUAAGGAGAUGAUGAUUCCACCCUUGAGGUCCUAUGACCCUAAUUUGAUCCAAGAUCCCACUAUUUACAGGUUGAAUGAAGCAGUUAUGCAUUUUGGUGAAAGCAUCAAGGAGAUUAUCAACGAGGAAUUUGGUGAUGGCAUUAUGUCAGCUAUAGAUUUCUACUGUUCAGUCGACAAAGUUAAAGGUGUGGAUGGCAAGGACCGGGUAGCCCUAAUAUUUGAUGGGAAAUAUUUGCCUCAUUCUGAGCAGAAGUCAGAGCACAUGGUUUCAAGGCUGCAUUUGGAAUGAUAAAGUACAGCCUCAUGCUUCAGCAGAAAUUGGCGCACAUAUUCAAGGCUGCGAUGGAAAUAAUUUACCUCAUUCUCAGGCAGGUGUUGUAACUUGUAAACUUAUGCCCCUUUUAUCAAUACACUCCUUGUAUUGCUCUGUAGCUGCUAGUGCUUCCUGGCUUUGUUAAAUGCAAGCUUAGUUUAUAGUAUGGUGUUGUAAGAAAGUCGGAAGCACAUACUCUGCAUGGAAGAUAAUAAACUUUGCCCCCUUGGUUAAUAAACUUUUUGCAUUUCCCUAUA